GAAUAAGGAUGGCCAGACGCGGGAGCAGGACUACUUUUCUGAAAGCCAUUACAGAAUUGUUUCACCAACAUUCCAGUAUAAGAUGAGCCACCAGCGAGUGGGCAAGUGCAUCAUCAUCAACAAAAACUUUGACGAAAAGACGGGGAUGGUUGUACGGAAUGGCACAGAUCGAGACGCAGGCGAGUUGUUCAAGUGCUUUAAGAGCCUGGGCUUCGACGUCUGCAUCUACAAAGACCAGACCUGUCAGAAGAUGGAGUGUCUUCUCAGAGAAGCCUCGGAAAAGAACCACAGCUCCUGCUUUGUCUGCAUCCUGCUGAGUCACGGUGAGGAGGGUAUAAUCUAUGGCACUGAUGGAGCCAUGCCCAUCAAGAGCAUUACCUCACUCUUCAGGGGUGAAAUGUGCAAGAGUCUAGUGGGCAAGCCCAAACUCUUCUUCAUCCAGGCUUGUCAGGGUUCUGAGUUCAAUGAUGGCAUACAGACGGAUUCCGGGCCCCCCAAUGAUACCCUUGAAACGGAUGCAAAUCCCAGGCACAAGAUUCCUGUCAAGGCAGAUUUCCUUUUCGCCUACUCCACCAGUGAUGUGGCUGCUCUUCCAGGGUACUACUCAUGGAGGAACCCUGGGCGUGGCUCCUGGUUUGUCCAGGCACUCUGCUACGUCCUCAAUGAGUUUGUCAAGCAGCUGGAGAUCAUGCAGAUCCUCACAUGUGUCAACUAA